AUGUGGAGGCAGACUCGUGUACCAAGACGAUUCUACUCGUUCAAGGUGCCUCUCAAACGAGUUCCCGCAUGCCCAGAGCCCGAAAUCGAUACAGGAUGCACAUAUUGUCAAAUACCCACCUUUCCAAAGAACAAGCAGCUGGAUCAUACGAAGCCCAUAGCUCAUACGAAAUCGAAUCCCUGGAAACACUUGAUUGUGCUCUCUGGUGAUCCCGACUACAAAAACUGGCCCAGUCGGUUUGAGACUUCGCCAGGGACAAUCAUAUCGGAGAUCCAAGCUCACAAACGUAAGGUGCUGGAUCCAUUCCAUCCGGUGCUCACCAGCAUGACGACGUUGCAGGAGCAACCAACUACAGAAGGUAAUACAGUGAUUGGCAUAUACCCGGAUGGUCUCAGGGUGGAAGUGGCUCCAGACAAAGUGGAAGAGUUUUUAAUCGGAUAUCUCAGCACAAUACCCGAUAAUCUUGACGAAGAAGACUCACGACUCGUGGCAAAAAUGCAGGAAGAUUUCAGGGCCCAGUUUCCUGCUCAAAAGUUAGAUCAGGAUCUGGUGCUGAUCUGUGGUCACUUAAAAAGAGAUGUCCGAUGCGGGGAAUUGGCCCCAUUAAUCCUAAAAGAAUUUGAGGAAGUUCUAAAACUGCAUGGCGUUGAGAGUACUAAAUUGGGAAUAAUCUCACAUAUCGGAGGACAUGUUUACGCAGGAAAUGUACUGAUCUUCAAGCGGAACGGCGAUGUCAUAUGGUAUGGGAGGGUCUUACCGCACCACGUCCAAGGGAUUGUUAAGCUGACGCUACUUGAAAACAAACUAAUCGAAGAACUAUACAGAGGCUAG